UUGAUUUGAGUUUUGAGAGUGCUAAAAAAUUUCGCAGUACAUUCGUGAAUGGGUGGGUAGUUUUUUCUUGAUUGCGAACAGAAUUUAUUUUAAAGUAAACAAAAACCCGAAAAAAGUCUAAAUAAAUUCUGGAAUAAUCAUGGAAACAAUUGAAAUGCUAAAAGCACUCUACGACUUCCAAGCUGUGUAUCCAAAAACAAUCAGCUUCGACGAAGGUGAAUACUUUAUCCUUUAUCAGACGAGCGUUCGCCAAAGGAACUGGUGGCAAGUGGUCAGCAUGAAGGGCAACAUCGGAUUUGUUCCAUCUAAUUACGUAAUGACAAUAAAGGUGCAACCAGACUUUUUGAUUGGCUUUCUCAACUCCAGUAUUGAAUCCCUAGAACUUUCUAAAGACACAGAAAUCAAUGGAAUCAUAGCCAAAGAUGAAUUACUAGAUCGACUAAGGGAGAAGAAAACAGCAAUUGAACGUUUUUAUUCCGGUGAGAAUGAGAAUGAUAAAGAAGACAGCGAGACUUCAGAAAUAGAACUGAAAAAUCGAUCUUCACCUCCAUCCAUUUCGCUGCACAGUCAAAUGGAAAAGCAAAUGCAGCCCCAAUCAAAAAGAUUAGAUUGUGGCAAGAAAUCUAUGUCAAGCCCUGCUGUCGGAACAGCAGUUCCACCACAAAUGAUCCAAGAAAGCCCCAGCAUGGGUGUUAUUAGCAGUCAAAAGACUAACGAACCUCCACACAACACAGACAAUCGCGACAACAGUAUAACUUCAGAACCAUCCGAAACAACAACGACAACCACAACGACAAGUGAAGAAGUGGUCACCAUCUACAAGGAUUCUUCAUGCUUAGUCCAAACAAAUGGCGCUGGGACAGAUGCGAGUGAAAUAACAGAAAUCACACCAGUUGAAAUUAAGAUCAUCGAAGAUGUGGCCAGUGACGAGCAGAGUGAAAAAGAAGCAACAAACAGUAUCAAUACACAUAAUCAUCCACACUUCCAGCACCAUCAUAAUCAUCCACAGCAAACAGAUAGCGACAAUGAAGAUAGUGCAACGGCUGCAGCAAUUAUUGCAGUAUCUGCGGCUGCAGCAGCUGGGAAUGAUGUCAAAGUCGAUUCGGCAGAUGUUUAUCAAAUUGUCGAAGUUAUCCGAAGAAGUACGAAUUUAAGCUUUGAUUUGUCUUGCGAGGCAUUGCGAGUGGUCCUCACUAGUUUGGAGCAGUUGUACAAUGGUGCUAUCAAUCCGUACCUGGAGGCAGUGGCAGUUCAUGUCACCGAUAAAGUCGAAACGCCCAAAGAGCUCUUGGGCGAGACACACGAUUCGAAGCGUCUGCAAGACAUAUUUUGUCAAUUGGCCGAUUGCAAGAAUGACUCGGAACAACGCACGUGGAUGCUUUACGAAGAUGAAGAUGAUAUUAUUCAGUUUUUAGAAGAGCUUGUUGAUAUUUUGGAAAAUGCCGAUGAAAAUAUUUGUUGUUAUGAAAUGUCUUGCGAUCAAUACGAAAGCCUCAUCAAUAUGGUACAAUUCUACCAAAUGGAAACUAGCUGGCCAAUUAAAAAACUCUUACUGAGAGCAUUUACAGCUGCAUGUCAUUUGGAUAAAACUAUUAUCGAUAUUUUACUCACUUCAGUGCUUCCUCUUGAAAUUGUUGAAGACAUGAAAACUCACUUUUCAAACGUUCCAAAAUUUAAAGAACUUGUAAAAAUGCUGACAACAAUAUUUUCACAAGGUGAACGCAUGCCUGUAGCUCAUGAUGCUUUUCUCGGAGUUGACUUUAGCACUUUUCUCCUUGAAAUUGUCGAAGGCAAUCAUCCAGAAAUAUUAAUUGAUCUGGUCAUUUAUCUUCUGCUUUCGUAUAAUCUGCAAUUUGAAUUAUAUUAUCAAAACUUUGUUUUACAAGCAAUGCAAAAGCUACCAACGGUUAAAGUAUUCACAGAGAAAAUUCUACUUCUUUUAAAUCGUGAAGAGGAUCCUCUCAAAGUAUUUAGACAUGCAUUAGUAACUAAUUCGGUUCUUAAAAUGAUAACUGACAUCUUUACAAUUCCCGAAACUGCCAUGUUGGUCUAUACAAACGAUAGAAUAGUUGUAUUCGAUAUUGUUGUAAGGCAGCUAUCCGAUUUAUGUGCUGGUAAUCCUAUGAGAGGAAAAUAUCUAAACCUUUGUCGUUGCAUGGUUAGGAGUACCAACUAUGAAAAGAAUCAAUACCGCAAACAAGAACUUAUGAAAAUAUUUACUCGCAUUUUUUGUGAAGAAACCGAAUGCAGUGCUGAAGAUCAGAAAUUAGUUCGUGCAAUAGCCAAUGAGUUUCCUCAUAUAUUUAAGGCAGUACUCACAACUCCAAUUCAAACAUACUACAAUAUACCAAAUCUUUCAUUAAAUUGAAUACCAUAAAAACAAAUAUUCAAUUUAUUUCAAUUGUGCCAAAAUAAAAUUUUAAACAUAGUAUUAAUAAAAAAUCACAUUUAACAACAACCACACACAAAAAAAAAAACAAUGAACAAAAUUAAAUUGUAGAAUAAUAUUUAAAGAAAACAAUCUAAUCAGAGAAAACUUUAUUUAUUUAUUUGUCAUAUAGAACAUAUAGAAAUAUAUUAGGUAUAUAUAUUUUACCAUAGAUCCAAUUGCUUUAAUUUUUCUUAGAAAUUUUAAAAGUUAUAAAACAAAGUAAAUCAAUAUAUUCAUAUACAUUCACCCAUAAAUAAAAUAUUAAAAAUCAAUAACAAAAAAUAAACUACAACAACCAAAAACAAAACACAGAUUCUAAUAAAUAAAUUUAAAAAUAAAAUAAAAGGUUAAAUGUUAAAGAAAAAAAAUAGGACUAAUAUGUAUUUAAAAAAAAAAAGAUAUAUAAAAGAAAUCACAAUUGAACACUGAUAAACUUCGUCGCAUUUGAAAACAAAAAUAAAUAAAAUUCAUUCCUAAAACUUUGAGAGAUUUGUUCUUUAUAUCUUUUGUAGAAAAAUAAACAAAAAUUUGUAUCUAAGGCAAUUUUAGGGAAUUUCAAAACUCCGACUUCACUCCCUACAAAUGGAAGCACUUAAGCAUUUGCAAAAAAAAAGAAACAUUCUUCUAAAAUUGUCUUUUUAAAAAUUGCAUUUCUUUCGAUCAAUAAUUUUCCUACUUACAAUUCACGGAACAAAUUAGAAAAUAAAACAUGUCAUUUAGAAUGAUCUAUCUCAAAAUUAAAUUCUGCAUUCAAUCACACACUCACUCAAUAAAUCAAGAGCCAAAAUCCAUUACAAAAAAUGAAAACUAUAGUUAGAUUCUUAUACACAAAAAAUAGUUUUUCUUAAAAACAAAAGAAUUCAAACUGUCUCAAUUUCUAAACUAAAUUUACAAGAUUUUUUAUUCAAAAAACAAAAAUAUCUCAAAACUAAUCUUUUCCCCAAAAGUAACCCCAAAAAGGUUUGCUUAAAUUCUGAAAUUCUGAAAAAAUACAUUUUAAAAGAAGUAUUAUUAAAAUUAAAACGAAAACCAAAAAAUGUUAAAUUUGACUAUAUAAUCUAUAACACAAAAGUUAUAAAUCCAAUUUUAAUAAAAUGUUAUAUGUAUUUAAAAACAAAAGAAGAGAAAAAAUAUAUAAUAACAUAUAAAAGUUAAAUUCUAAAACGAACAAAAUAAACUAAAUAAAAUUAAAGCUCUUUAGAAAUAAUUAAACUUUAGAUGAUGUCUUGUUUUUUUUUUCUUUUGAAAAAUUAAAGUAAAAUGUACUUGCCAACAAAAUUAAUACUCAAGUUUAAUUUUAAUUAAUUUAAGGUUUAAUUAUAUUAAAAAUGAUUGUUAUGUUAAGUAUAAUGAUAUUCAUAAAAAGAAAAUAAAAACAAACAAAAAAUUGCACUGAAGCACACAAAUUCUUGAUAGUUAGGUUUACAAUUAGUAUUCUAAGAUAUUUUUUUAGGUACAACCUUAGUGAUGUUAAAAUGCAUUAGAAUCAUGAUUGUUAUUUUAUCCGUAUCCUCAAAAAUCGAUUUGUAUUUUGUAAUAAUUAUUGUCAUUAUUGUUUUUGUUUUUGUAAUUUUAAGGUUUCAAUAAUUCAUAUUAUUAUAUAAAGUCAUUCGUAAAAUAUGUAAUAAUUGAGUAAUUUGUAAAUUAUGUUCUAUAAUUUGUUAUUUUGUUUUUGUUUAAUUUUUUUCUUUUCUUUGGUUCAAAUAAACCAAUCUAUAAAAAUCAAAA